AUGACCGCUUGGGAGGCCAUGGACACGAACGAGGUGAAACCUCCGCAAAAGUCGACAGGCCCCGACGGAGUCAUGCCGGAUGAAAUGGAAAAGCUCCCUGACGAGGCGCAGGGAUUCCAUGUUGGACCUGAUGACACCGUGAUUGCGGUAAUGGGAAUGACGGGUGCCGGCAAGAGCACCUUCAUUUCGCACUUCUCGAAGGAUGCAGUGGUUGGUGAUUCGUUGAUGUCUUGCACCUCCAAGCUUAGCAUUCACCCUGUUCGCACCGCUGGAAAGGACAUCUUCCUAGUCGAUACACCUGGCUUCGACGAUACAAGCCGAUCUGAUGCCCUUGUCCUCGGAGAUGUGGCCGACUGGCUCAGCAGAUCCUUCAAAGCAGGCAUCAAUAUCUCCGGUAUCAUCUACCUGCACCGCAUCACUGACAACAGAGUCGGGGGUUCCGCCGCCAAGAAUCUCAUCAUUUUCAAGAAGCUUCUUGGUCAAGCGGGGUACUCCUGCGUCGCCAUCGCCACAACACACUGGGAUGCCGUCAAUCCAGCGAUCGGCGAGCGCCGUGAGCGGGAGCUUCGAGAGAACACGCGGUUCUGGAAGGAACUUGUCCGCGGCGGAAGCCAGGUAUGCCGCCAGGAUAACGGUAUCACCUCGGCAACGGCCAUCAUCAACCACAUUCUCAGCAAGCAAAAGAAAGUGACGUUGAAGAUCCAAGUUGAGAUGGCGGAGGGUGCGGCUCUGGGAGAUACAGAGGCUGGUCGCGAGGUUAAUUCAGAGCUGAAGAGAUUGGAGGAAAAGCACAAGAAGGACUUGGCGAUGCUUCAAGCGGACAUGGCAAAAGCCCUCCAAGAAAAGGACGAAGAGAGUCGGGUUUUGCUGGAAGAGAUAAGGGCCGAGCUUACCGCCGAGAUGAGGGGGGUUAAGGAAGACAGGACGAAGUUACAGAUGGAUAUACAUAAACUUCGGCGACAAUGGGCGGAGGAGGUUGCUAGGGAGCGAGAGGAGGCGCACAAGCGCGAGCUUGAGUACCAGAAGGCCCAUGAGGCUUGGCGUCAGAGGGUUGAAGAGGAGAUGACGAGGGCGCAUGAGCAGGAACUGGCUCACCAACGGGCUAUGGCCGAUGGAAAUGUCAAGUUGCAGCUACAACUUGCUGAGAACAAACGCCAGGAGGAGUUGAUCAAGGCACGCCUCAGGGAAGAGAAGCUUGAAAGAGAGGCCGCUGAAUUGCGACGGAAGAAGGGUAUUUUCUGUCUCGUCAUGUAG